GUCAUCAGCAAAGGGCGCGUCGACUUAUGUUACGUACUCUAGAGGUACUUGCACAACCAAUUUCACCAUCCACAUCCCAUCCAACCAACUGAGUUGACUCAUCAUCCAUCCAUCCAUCCAUCCAUCCAUCGAUUUGUCCUCCAUUCCAUCCACCCUAGUCAGCAACACACACCACCAGACAACUACCGACAUGGCCCCCAACCAGAAAAUCAUCUUGUUUGACCUCGCCAGCAAGGGUGACAGUAACAAGUGCUGGUCCCUGAACCCAUGGAAGACCCGAUUCGCCCUUAACUUCAAGGGCCUGGACUACGAGACGGUUUGGCUCAACUACCCUGAGCUCAAGACCCGCCUCGAGCCACACCUCCCCAACGCCAGCGCCUACACCAGCCCUACCAUUGUCUACACCGACGGCAGCUAUGUGGCCGACUCCAGGGUCAUUGCAACCCUCCUCGAGAAGGACCACCCAAGCCCUUCUCUGCACCUCGACGACCCUGCCCUCAAGAAGCUGGAGGACCUCAUGCCCGACAUCAUGGCCGCCGUCCGCGGCCACUAUAUCCUCAGCGUCCCCAAGCGACUGCUCAAGGAGCCCAGCCUGGACUACUGGUACAGGACCCGCGAGGAGAAGGUGGGCAUGUCCCUGGACGAGCUCGAGAAGGCCGAGGGCGGGGAGGCGGGCUUCGCCAAGGCCGCACCGCUGCUGCAAAAGGUCACGGGGUGGCUCAAGGAGAAGGACGACGGGCCCUUCUUUAUAGGCAAGACGGUCAGCUAUGCCGACUUUGUGUGGGCUGGCUUCUUGAUCUUCUUCCGGCGCAUCGGAGACGACAAGUUCAGCGAGGUCCUGACGAGCACGGGUGAUCCUGCGGUGCACGAGGCCCUGCUUGCCGCUGUCGAGCCUUGGUCAAAGCGUGACGAUCACUGAGAGGUUAGAGUUAUAUUAGUAGUAGGGAUGGAGAAUGCCUAAAUAUAAGCCAUCUACGGACCAAUCAUCAACCC